AUGCGGGACCCGCGGGGCGCCGUCAGUUCCUGCAGCAGCAGCCGCCGCCGCCCUGCAGCAGCAGCCGCCGCCAGGCCUACAGCAGCAGCCGCCGCCAGGGACUGCAGCAGCAGCCGCCGCCAGAGCCUGCUGCAGCAGCCGCCGCCAGGGUCUUCAGCAGCAGCCGCCGCCAGGGUCUUCAGCAGCAGCCGCCGCCAGGGCCUGCAGCAGCAGCCGCCGCCAGAGCCUGCAGCAGCAGCCGCCGCCAGAGUCUACAGCAGCAGCCGCCGCCAGAGUCUGCAGCAGCAGCCGCCGCCAGACCUGCAGCAGCUGCCGCCACCGACCCAGCAGCAGCAGCCGCCGCUCUAUCAGCAGCAGCAGCCGCCGCCGCUCUGCCGCAGCAGCUACCGCCGCCCAGCUGCAGGUGCCGCCCCUGGACCCCAGAAGCCGCCCCUGGACCCGGUACGCCUUGUGCUGCCCGUGCCUGUGCUGCCCGUGCCUGUGCUGCCCGUGCCUGUGCUGCCCGUGCCUGUGCUGCCUGUGCCUGUUGCUGCCCGUGCCUGUUGCUGCCCGUGCCUGUGCUGCCCGUGCCUGUGCUGCCCAUGCCUGUGCUGCCCGUGCCUGUGCUGCCCGUGCCUGUGCUGCCCGUGCCUGUUGCUGCCCGUGCCUGUGCUGCCCGUGCCUGUGCUGCCCGUGCCUGUGCUGCCCGUGCCUGUGCUGCCUGUGCCUGUUGCUGCCCGUGCCUGUGCUGCCCGUGCCUGUGCUGCCCGUGCCUGUGCUGCCCGUGCCUGUUGCUGCCCGUGCCUGUGCUGCCCGUGCCUGUGCUGCCCGUGCCUGUGCUGCCCGUGCCUGUUGCUGCCCGUGCCUGUGCUGCCCGUGCCUGUGCUGCCCGUGCCUGUGCUGCCCGUGCCUGUGCUGCCUGUGCCUGUUGCUGCCCGUGCCUGUGCUGCCCGUGCCUGUGCUGCCCGUGCCUGUUGCUGCCCGUGCCUGUGCUGCCCGUGCCUGUGCUGCCCGUGCCUGUUGCUGCCCGUGCCUGUGCUGCCCGUGCCUGUUGCUGCCCGUGCCUGUGCUGCCCGUGCCCGUGCUGCCCGUGCCUGUUGCUGCCCGUGCCUGUGCUGCCGGUGCCUGUGCUGCCCGUGCCUGUGCUGCCCGUGCCUGUGCUGCCUGUGCCUGUUGCUGCCCGUGCCUGUGCUGCCCGUGCCUGUGCUGCCCGUGCCUGUGCUGCCCGUGCCUGUUGCUGCCCGUGUCUCGUGCUCGCGCCCCCGUGCGCUCUGCUACUGUCUGCGCCCUCGUGCGCACUGUCCCCCCCCCCCCGUUUGCGGCUGUCGCUGA